GUGACGCCAAAGCUCCUCGAGUGAAGUCUCGCGGAGUAAAACACCGGCCAUUUUUCUCCGUUUAUAGCAGGACACUUCGUGCUUGGAUAGUGUAACCGAGAGUGUUGCGGUCACUUUGAUAAGCCUACAACUUUUGGCAAGUUUAAUUUUGGUGUCCAAGCAUCCAAACUUACAACAAACCGAACACAAACCAUGUUUGUGUUUACCGCUGCAAAGUUUUUUCGCUGACAUCCUUGUCCGGAUAGAUGCUUGUCUAAACUGUCGUACAAAUGGAAAUGGUGCCUAGCGAGGAGAACCAGUUCGUGCCCAAAGAGAUACAGAAUGCCGCUGAAGAGCCCAGAGUUCUGUGCAUAAUUCAGGACACCACCAGUGCGAAGACAAUCAAUGAAAGGCUAACUCUCAACUUGCCUGCUUCCACUACGCUUUCCAAACUUUACGAGGAUGUUGCCCACAAAGCUGGAUAUGUGAAUGGCACCUUUGAGCUUGCUUGGGGAAAUACUCCGGACACGGUGAUGGCACCAUUGGAACAUAACAGCGAGAUGUCCCUCUCUGAUUCUGGCUUUGAGCCUGGUGGUAAGAGGAAUUUCCUCCAGCUUACUGACAAAGAUGGAGAGCAGCCCCAGAUUGCAUCAGAUGAGUCAGGAACAGCAGAUAGCAGUGGACUGGAUGACAGCUCCCAGGAGCGAUUUAUCGGGCCUCUACCAAGAGAUGGCAGUGCAGGUGGCAGUGGUGACUACAGCAGUCCAUCGUACUCUUACUCAUCUAUCCUCAGUAAAUCUGAGACAGGUUAUGUAGGUUUGGUUAACCAAGCAAUGACCUGCUAUUUGAACAGCCUCCUGCAGACGUUGUUUAUGACUCCAGAAUUCAGAAAUGCGCUCUACAACUGGGAGUUUGAGGAGUCAGAAGAGGAUCCAGUCACCAGUAUUCCCUAUCAGCUGCAAAGGCUGUUUGUGCUUCUGCAAACUAGUAAGAAAAGGGCCAUUGAGACCACUGAUGUGACACGGAGCUUUGGUUGGGAUAGCAGUGAGGCUUGGCAACAGCAUGACGUCCAGGAGCUGUGCAGGGUCAUGUUUGAUGCCCUAGAGCAGAAGUGGAAGCAGACAGAACAGGCUGAUCUGAUCAACCAGCUGUACCAAGGGAAGCUGAAGGAUUAUGUGCGUUGUUUGGAAUGUGGCUAUGAGAGCUGGAGAAUCGAUACUUAUCUGGACAUCCCUCUUGUGAUCAGACCCUUUGGAGCCAGCCAAGCCUACGGGAGUGUGGAGGAGGCUUUGCAGGCAUUCAUCCAGCCAGAAACUCUGGAUGGACCCAACCAAUACUUUUGUGAACGCUGCAAAAAGAAAUGUGAUGCCCGAAAGGGUCUGAGGUUUCUGCACUUUCCCUACCUGCUGACAUUACAGCUGAAAAGGUUUGAUUUUGAUUACACCACUAUGCAUCGCAUCAAGCUUAAUGACCGCAUGACUUUCCCAGAGGAGCUUGACAUGAGCCCAUUCAUUGAUGUGGAAGAUGAGAAGUCACCUCAGACAGAAAGCUGCACUGAUAGUGGAGCAGAGAAUGAAGGCAGUUGCCACAGCGACCAAAUGAGCAAUGAUUUUUCCACUGAUGACUGUGUGGAUGAGGGCAUUUGUUUGGACAGCACCAGCAGCACAGAGAGGGCGUUGAAGCCAAAGAACUUGUUGACCUUUGAGCUUUUCUCUGUCAUGGUCCAUUCGGGGAGUGCUGCUGGUGGCCACUACUAUGCCUGCAUCAAAUCCUUCAGUGAUGGCCAGUGGUACAGUUUCAAUGAUCAACACGUUAGCAAGAUCACCCAGGAUGAUAUCAGGAAGACAUAUGGGGGGUCCUCAGGGAGCAGAGGCUAUUAUUCCAGUGCCUUUGCAAGCUCUACAAAUGCUUAUAUGCUGAUUUAUAGACUGAAAGACCCCUCAAGGAAUUCAAAAUUUUUAGCUGUGGAAGACUUUCCAGAGCACAUAAAAAGUUUGGUUCAGAAAGAGAAAGAGUCUGAAGAGCAAGAAAAGCGCCAGAGGGAGAUUGAGCGCAACACAUGCAAGAUCAAACUUUUCUGCAUGCAUCCUGUGAAGAUGAUGCUGGAGAGCAAGUUGGAAGUGCACAAAGACAAAACUCUAAGAGAAGCAACAGAAAUGGCGUACAAGCUGAUGGAGCUGGAGGGAGUCGUCCCUCUCGACUGCUGCCGCUUGGUAAAGUAUGAUGAGUUCCAUGAGUACCUGGAGCGAUCAUACGAAGGUGAGGAGGACACACCGAUGGGCCUCCUCCUUGGAGGUGUCAAGUCCUCAUACAUGUUUGACUUGCUGCUUGAGACACGUAGACCAGAGCAAGUUUUCCAGCCUUACAAGCCUGGAGAGGUGAUGGUGAAGGUUCACGUUGUUGAUCUGAAGAGUGAGACCAUCGCCUCUCCAAUCAGUGUUCGAGCGUACUUGAACCAGAUGAUCACUGAAUUCAAACAGCUUAUUGCACAGGCAACAGGCCUAUCUCCAGAAACCAUGCGAGUGGUCUUGGAGCGAUGCUAUAAUGACCUCAGGCUUCUGUAUGUUCCAAACAAAACACUCAAAGCUGAGGGAUUCUUCAGGAGUAACAAGGUUUUUGUAGAGAGCUCUGAAUUGAUGGAUCAUCAGGUUGCUUUCACUGACUCACUCUUGUGGAAACUGUUGGAUCGUCACGGAAACACUAUCCGUCUAUUAGUCUUACUGCCAGAGCAGUCUCCUGGUACCUUGGCCAACAGAACUCUUUGCCAAAAAGUAGGAGAGGACUCUGAUGGGCCCUUUGAUGGGUCAAAGGGUAGCAGGAAAUCUGUUGAGGCUAUCCUGGAGGAGAGCACAGAGAAGUUAAAGAACCUGUCUUUGCAGCAGCAGCAGCAGGGGUCAAGCACUAGUGACAGUCAGAAAAGCUCUGACGCCAGCGACUUCGAACAUAUCGAAUCUCCAACCCAGGAGGUUGACUCAAACUCUUCCCUCUGCGUGGCUGCAGACAACAGAGAGUUGGAGAACCGGAUCAGGGCCACACCCGGGGGUGGUGGUGGUUCUGCCUCUGAUAUUGAGAACCAAGUUGUCUGUGAGGAGCGGUCGGACUCUGAGGUGAACAAUGACCGCAGCACCAGCUCAGUGGACAGUGACAUCUUGAGCUCCAGCCAUAGUAGUGACACACUGUGUAAUGCAGACAGCGGCCCCAUCCAGCUGGCCAACGGCCUGGAUUCACACAGCAUCACAAGUAGCCGGCGAUCCAAAGCCCAUGAGGGCAAAAAAGAGACUUGGGACACUGCUGAGGAGGACUCUGGAACAGACAGCGAAUAUGACGACAAUGGAAAGAGCAAGGCUGAAGCUCAAUACCAUUACUUCAGAGCAGAGCCUUAUUCUCAGGAUGAUGCUUCAUGGGAUACACAAAAAUGUUUAGUGGUUCAUGUGGACAAGAGAAUAACAUUGGCAGCAUUCAAACAGAACCUGGAACCGUAUGUAGGAGUAACCUCGACCCAGUUCAAGGUGUUUCGGGUGUAUGCCAACAACCAGGAGUUUGAGAGCGUACGGCUCAAUGAAACACUCUCAUCGUUCUCAGAUGAUAACAAGAUAACUAUUCGACUAGGAAGAGCACUGAAAAAGGGUGAAUACAGAGUUAAGGUGUAUCAGCUACUGGUGAAUGAACCAGAGCCCUGCAAGUUCCUUGUGGACACGGUGUUUGCCAAGGGUAUGACUGUCAGACAGUCCAAAGAAGAGCUGCUUCCCCAGUUGAAAGAGCAGUGCAAGCUUGAUCUCAGCAUUGACAGGGUUCGUCUCAGGAAAAAGACAUGGAAGAAUCCAGGCACUGUGUUUCUGGACUACCAUGUCUAUGAGGAGGACAUUAGCAUUUCCUCCAACUGGGAAGUUUUCCUCGAAGUCCUCAAUGAACCAGAGAAAAUGAAAUCCAUGUCUCAGCUGGCUGUUCUGACUCGGAGGUGGAGUCCAGGUACAAUGAAACUGGGACCCUUUGAGGAGGUGAUUCUGGAGAGCAGCAGUGUAGAAGAACUCAAGGAGAAGCUCAGUGAAAUUAGUGGUAUUCCUCUUGAGAAUCUGGAUUUUGCAAAGGGUAGAGGAACUUUUCCGUGCGAUAUUUCCGUGUUGGAGAUCCAUCAGGAUUUAGACUGGAACCCUAAGGUGUCAACGCUUAAUGUGUGGCCUCUUUACAUCUGUGAUGAUGGCGCUGUGGUCUUCUACAGGGACAGCAGAGAGGAACCUCGGGAGCUGUCUGAGGAUGAGCGCAAUGAGCUCAUGAAGAAGGAGAGCAGCCGUCUGCUAAAGACCGGUCACCGUGUCAGCUACUCUCCUCGCAAAGAAAAGGCUCUCAAGAUCUACCUGGACGGUGGCCCUGUGAAAGACCCAGGGCAGGACUGAAGCACUGAGAAACCACUUUUUUUUUUUUUUUUUUUUUUUUUUUUUAAAGCUCACCUGGCUGCUGCAGGAGGGCAGCCAGGCAUCAGGACUCUGAAUGUCAGCCCCGAAAGUGACUUGAACUCAAGCAGCAUUGUGAGGCAGAUGUGCUCUCACCCUCCACUCGGAGCCCCAGGGCUGUCUCAGAAACCCUAUUGUGCACUAUAGUGUAUUGUACUGUAACGUUAAAGGGAAGUACAAAAGCUAUUCAUACACAGAAAAGACUAUUGACAAAUCAACAGAAAUAAAUAGCUUCUAAAAAUAGAUGAAGAGAUGUUAGGACAGUGAAAUUGGUCUGGAAAGCAUCCAUCCUGUCCAUGUAAGUCUCUAUUCACCUUUAAAAUCAGGCUCUUUCACACUCCUCUUUGUCCCUGUGUUCAUCUUCCUGUUUUUGACUAAAUGUUGAUACUGAUUCAUCUGUAGCUGUCUUAUGAUACCAUUGUUCUCGUACCUGUUGAGCUCUGGUCUGUCAGAGAUCAGUCAUUCUUUGUCACCUUCCUAUAAAUAUUU